AUGCAGUCACUAACGAGCGUGGACUGGAUUUUCUGGGAAACUAUGUAUUCUGGCUCGUUUGCUUUUCUUUUCUUCAUCAAUAGUAUUACCAUGACUUAUAGCAGUAUUCGAUGGCAGUAUACAGCAUGGUGGCUUGGAACCGCUGUGUGCAUCAUAGGGUUCGGGACUGGCUUUUCUCAUCGAUCUCAUAGUUCUGGUACGAUUACAGCUAGCAUAUCCGAAGUGCCGUCACAGUCAAGACGAUCUCGUCAUCCAUCGAACAGACCAAACGAUAACUCUACGUUUUAA